AUGGCCAUUCUUCAUUCCUCCAUUAAACCUCACUCCUCCUCUAAACUCACAACCUUCUUCUUAAUCUCUUCUUCUUUAGGCGUUGGCUAUUUCUUAUCCUCUCUUUUCCUCUUCCACACUUUUCACCCUUCUUCAACCCACAUUCCUUCCCCUGAUCUCUCCCUCAAUCAAAUCGUCUUCGGUAUCGCUUCGAACAAGGAUUCAUGGCCUGAAAGGAAAGAUUAUGCUAAGAUUUGGUGGAAGCCCAAUUUAAUGCGUGGUUGUGUUUUUGUUGAUGACAUUCCUCAAAACCAUGACGCUUCUUCUUCUUCUCUUCCUGCGGUUUGUGUCUCCGCUGAUACUUCCCGUUUCCGUUACACUUACCGAGGCGGUCCCCGAUCGGCGAUACGGGUCGCACGCGUUGUUCUUGAGACGGUAGCUGCCGGACAUUCCGACGUGCGGUGGUAUGUUUUUGGUGAUGAUGACACUUUUUUCUUCCCGGAGAAUUUGGUGAGGACUCUGUCUAAAUACGAUGACGGUUUGUGGUAUUACAUUGGAAGCAACUCUGAAACUUAUUUCCAAAACAGAAAAUUCGGUUUCGAGAUGGGAUUUGGUGGAGCUGGAUUCGCCAUUAGUCAACCUCUUGCGAAAACGCUUAGAAAUGUCUUCGAUUCAUGUCUCGAACGGUAUCCUCAUCUUUAUGGAAGUGAUUCUAGAGUUCAUUCUUGUUUGACAGAGUUGGGUGUUAAAUUAACCCAUGAACAGGGGUUUCAUCAGGUGGAUUUGAGAGGUGACAUUUUUGGGCUUUUGGCUUCACAUCCAUUAACUCCAUUAGUAACUUUGCAUCAUUUAGAUCAUAUAAACCCAAUUUUUCCUAACAAAACUACCCAAGAAUCACUCCAACAUCUUUACAAAGCCGUCGAGAUCGAUCCUUAUAGAGUCGUGCAACAGAGUGUGUGCUAUGAUCGGUGGUUCUCGUGGACGAUUUCAGUGUCAUGGGGUUACGCCGUUCAAAUAUACGACCAUCAUGUUUUCUUGACGGACGCCAUUAAUGUGCAACAAACAUUCAGUCCAUGGCAGAAGGAUUCUAAGGUAGAACCUGGAUCUUUUACAUUCAAUACAAGGGAAAUUCAUGAAGAUCCAUGUCGUCGGCCAACGGUUUUCUAUUUGGAUCAAGUUUCUUCGGAUUGGACAGGAUUAAUCAAAACUACUUACAAAAAAGAUUUCUUGAAUUGCUCUUUUGGUUCAGCCUCUCCCAGAAGACAUGACGAAGUUAGAGUUUUCUCUCGUAAACUCAAUAUGGAUGCAAAACAGUUGCAAGCUCCGAGAAGACAAUGCUGUGACGUAUUACCUUCAACCGCAGCUGAAGUGUUGGAAAUGGCCAUUAGAGAUUGCAAGGAAGAAGAAAUGAUUCACAUGCAUUAACUAAUUAAGUACAAAAAUUACAAGAGUUUUGUGUCACUUUCUCAUUGAAAUAUACACACAAUGAAGGUGGAAGGCUACCAAAAUUGGAUCAAUAUUUUCCCAAAUGUAACUAUGAGGAUUUCAUUGUAUGGUAAGACUUUGGUUUAGAUACCAUUUUUGAAUGUUACUUUUGGAACAAAAAUAAAUGUUAUUACUAAUAGUAAUAUUCAUUG